CGAUCAAAAAGCAGCCACCCACCCACCGACGGCCACCUCCCGUUCUCCUCCUUCCACACCCGCAGGCAGGCAGGCCGCGGCGAUGCGGCUGCGGCGGGACUAUAAACCUGGUUCCGGCCGUAUGAGCAAGCCUGCUACUCCUCCCAGACUCCCACUCGCCAGGAUCGCAACCACAAUGGGUAACGCUGCGCUGCGCGGUCCGGCGGUGGAGGAGCGUCUGACGCAGCCGCGCCGCCUGGUCCGACAACUCUCCGACCUGGACUCUGACCGGCUCCGGCGGCUCAUCCGCUCCGGUGACCUCGCUCCGUGCUUCGAUGCCUCCGAUGAGGACGCCCGCGCCGUGGAAUGCCCCAUCUGCUUCCACUUCUACCCGAGCUUGAAUCGAUCAAACUGCUGCGGCAAAGGAAUCUGCACAGAGUGCUUCCUGCAGCUGAUGCCGUCCAAGGCUUCCAGAGCUGUCCACUGCCCAUUCUGCAAAACUGCAGCCUUCGCCGUCGAAUACCGUGGCGCUAGAACAUUGAGUGAGAAGAAACUUCAACGAGAAAAAAAAUCGAACGCUCAUGAGGUUGCGACCAGAAUACAUUCCAAGAACACCUGUGGAUAUAUUCUAGCACCAUAGAAGUUGCAAGCCUAGUUUUGCAGUGCUGAAAGCUCGCUUACCAAACUGUUGAUUUUUCUGACCCUCCAAGCAAGAUUUCAUGGCUUCCAUGAUCGUACCUGAAAUGUUUCAGAUAUGAUAUGUCCUUUUUUCUGUAUUAUUUUUAGACAAUGGAAAGAACUGUUUCAGAUAUUGGUGUAUGGAGGCCGGGGCGAUGCCUCCGUUUCGAAAAAAAGAUAUUGGUGUAUGCAGAACAGAGUAAAAAGCAGAGUAAAUGCUAGUACUCCAUACUGAAACAAAAAAUAUUCUGCCAGUGGCCCUAGUAGAGUGAAGAUUUGGUGCAGAAGUGUAGAAUUAUUCCGUGGCCGGCUCUGUAGACAAAGAUAAGUUCAUGCCUAAAAUAUGUUUGUGGUGGCCAAGAACUCCC